AACCGAUGACAAUGAAUUGUAUUUGGAUUUGCAUAAUACAUCGGAAACGGAGGCAACCAAACUCUAAAGAGAUUUCAAGAAUUAACCUGGAAUAUCUAACAAAUCGCAUGUUAAACAGCGAUCGUAUUGGCAAAAUUGACAAUACAUCAACCUCAUAUGACAGUUUACCAUCAGCAGGCAAAGCCUCUCUCGACUACAAGCCGUCCACAUUUGGCACAACCGACACCCCACGAACACCUCUCACAGCAGCUGACGACUACAACAACAGCGCCGGAGAUGGCAAGACCCCCAAUCCCUACAGCUACGACUCCAUAUUGGGUAAAACUUCAACCGGGGACCCCAACAACAGCAGCGGCAACAUCGGAGCUAGCAAACCAGUCACAUCUUCAUAUGACACAGACUACAAGUCCAAAUAUGAUCCAGCGACAGGCGGUUAUGACUACAAGUCAGCAGUCAACAAUGACAACGACGACGAGAAUCGCAAAGACAACAUUGGCGAGGGAGAGAAAAAGCAGCAGCUGCAGCAGUCAAGAGAGCCAAACGCUGGCAAUACAAAUACGAACACAACGGAUUACUCCACUGCCGGCCAGCAGCAACAACAACCACAAAGUGCAAACCUGGCCACAGCGGGAAGUGUUGGGCAGUACGGUGCAAACGACUACACAGGCUAUGAGGGAUACGACCAACAGCAGUAUGAUGCCAGCGCCUAUGACCAGACCUAUGAUCAAUCCCAAUAUGACCCGAGCCAAUAUGAUGCAACGGGAGCAGGCUAUGAUACCUCCGCCUACGACUACAACACCGCUGACUAUGACCCCUCUGCAUAUCAGUACGACACCACAGGCGGACAGGGAAGCGCCGCACUUGACACCACUACGCCGGGCACUACAACAACACCCAGUGCAACAGCGAAAGAAAAACAAGCCUCACCACCAACACCCUCAGCCGCACCAGCUGCUGCUGCAACAACAGCUCCAGCAAGUGCCGCUGGAGGAGGUGGCCCAACAGAAGGCCGCUCACAACCGCGAGCGGGCAGUGGCUCUGUGGGGCCAACAGCUGCAGCUGGAGGCGUCUCCGGCGGAAAAUCCGCUCUGCCACAACAGUCUUCCACGCCAGCAACCAAAAAGUAGUCGCGAUCCUGAUCUGGAUUUGACUACAAAUCUAACCUUUGACUGCUUGGAUCCCUUCGAUUUGGAAUUUAGCAUAAGUAGUCCCAGUUUAAUUCGUUCCUUCUCGGAUUCGGACACAGAAGUUGAGGAGCUCGAGAUUGAUGCGACACAGCCGGCUGCCAUCAGUGGGGAGCUGCAAUUUGACUCAAUAUCGGAAAUGACACUAACACCCACUCCCACAACCACAAGGAGGAUAGCAAUGAGUGAGCUGAAGAAGUAGUAGUAGUAGUCUGAGCAGGGAAGGGAAAUCUGUGUAAAUUAUUUUGUAAUCGAGUUGAAAUCUACAGAAAAAAAUCAAAAACAAAAAAACAUUUAAAAAAAAUUAAUA